AUGAGCGUUCAGACCACCAGACGACCCAGAAGAUUACUGGCAGCAUGUCACGUUCAAAAGAUCAAAUGCUCAGGGACCCAGCCAUGUCAGUCUUGCGUGAGUACUGGUAGGGUCAACGAGUGUCAAUUCCCUCCCAGGGAGCGAAAGAUUACAAUCUCUGAAAGCAAACGAUUGCGCGCAGUCACUCAGAACCCAACACCAGAGAGCGAGCCGAGCUUCAAUACCCCUUUCGAAGAUAACGAGACCGAGGACGAACCCCCAUCAUUGUCCAAAGAGGAAAGCAACUUAUUCAACCCCCUAUUCGACCGUCAACCGGAUAAGCCCGUUCAUGAGCGUUCAUCAGAGCCAGGCUUCAUCGGAGAAGCAUCAUGUGCUGCCUUCAGUAACCGACUCAUGUCGUGCCUUGACGACACCUACACACCGUCAACAGCCGGCCUAUCCAACUACUACCGUAUGAAUACACACAGCCACGCGCCCGCCGAAGACGGCUCCGAGUUCCCAGAGCGGAUGCACGUCAAGCUCCUCUUGAAUGUUGCGCGGCGAUUCAUUGGCAAUUACCAUCCUCUCUUUCUAGAAGUAACGUUCAUGCGAGAGAUUGAUGCUGUAUAUCGACGGGAGUUGAUGCCGUCAACGCUAUGGUUAUGCAAGUUCUACGCUCUGAUGGCUCUAGGGGAAAUCUACACACAUAGAAGAGGCGUCGGUGACAGCAACAGAGUGCCCGGCACAGACUAUUAUGUCCGGGCAGUGAACUUGCUCCAAGAGAACCAAGACGCCUAUGAGGAGCCUUCUCUGAUGCAGGUCGAGGUUCUAACACUGCUGGCAUGGGCCUCCAACAUUCUCGGUCGAAUCAGAACUGCAUACUGCUACAGUGGCAUUGCCAUGAGGCUUGCUCAGAGCCUAGGCAUGCAUCGAUCCGCCUCAAGACAUACAACUCUCACACCGGUCGAACGAGAAAGCCGUCGGCGAACGUGGUGGGUCCUUUACUUCUUUGACCGAUUCUCGGCCUCGAAGCUUGGUCAACCCAUCACGGUCAGAGAUGAGGAUAUUGACGUCGAGAUGCCAAGUAUGGAUGGUCUGACAAGGGAAGAGAUGGCAGAAUUUUUGGAUCCCCAAAACCUGAUCAUCAACAUCAAGCUCGCACGAAUUAUCGGAAAUAUCUUGACGCACAUAUACGGUAUACCGAAAGCGACGAACGGGCUCUAUAUUCAUCAAGUACACGGCAUCUUGAAACAACUUCGAGCAUGGAAUGACGAACUGCCACCCGAAAUGCGAAUCAAAGAGCGUGGCACGCUUCGACCUGUUGCGAGUCUACACCUUGCGUACAACCAAUGCAUCAUCCAAACAACUCGCCCUGUUCUUUUACAUCUCUUCAGAAUGCAGUUUCAACUUGGUUCCAAGGUGCGAGAGGAUGUGCCGCCACGUCAAACCGUGUCGUCAAUCACCCUGGCUUUGGCAGAGAGUUGCGUGAAUGCGGCGCAGGCAUCCAGCCGUAUCGUCGAGGGCCUCUUUCUUGAUGGCUCAAUGGCAACUUUUGGAUAUUGGGAUGCACAUCAUAUCUUUUCAGCGGCUAUGAUCCUAAUCAUGUCGGCUGUUAUGAAGCCAACGGCUGUCAACUCGGAUCAUCUCGAGACCUUAUUGAGCGUGCUUCGGUCGCUAAAAACUGAUGGAAAUAUCCCUGCUGUCGAUUUCUGCGAGAGGUUAUCGCAGAUUCAGGCAGGUGUCUCGAACCUCAGAGCCACUGGUCGAUUAGACCCCGUAUGCAUCGAGAAGCCUCCAGUUGCUGGACAAGUGGAUGCGACACCAGAUCCUACGAUGGGUGCAGGACAUCCCUUUCAACAGCCCAUGAAUAUUCCAAGCAGCUCUGGUGGAGAUUUGGGCAUUAUUAACUAUGCUAAUGUUGACGUUCUCGGCAAUCCUCUCCUUGGUAGUUUUCUAGACGGGAACCAGGUACAAUGGUUGGAUGCCCUCUUCUCAGAGAAUGGCACUUGGAAAGACUUUGCGUCAGAGAUUGAAGAGCAGUUUCAGUUUGGAGCGUAG